AUGUUUAUAAAUAUUGUUUAUUCAAAAUUAGUUCGAUAUGUUCGUGAAAUAAAUAAAAGAGUAAGAUCAACUAAUGUUAUAUCUCGUGCAGAACGCGAAUUGAAAAUGGUUAAAAAUAUAAUUACAAUUACAAGUAUUCUCAGAGUAUUGGGUUUACCUUUUGCUCUUCUAAUUUUAAUGUCAUUUUUUACUACUCCACCAAAAUAUCAUUUUCGUAUUACAUUCAUUGGUGUUGAUAUAUCAACAACCGCGAUUAUUAUUGCUGCUUUUAAAACAACAGAUCCAAUUAGAAUUGCUGCAACACAAAAAUUAGCUGCAUUACAUAGUGCAACAAUUCCAAAAAUGAUAGGAAAUUUAUGGGUAUUAAAUUUAUUUUGUACAUGA